AAGCCGUGCUGCUCACAGCCGCGCGAAGUUUUGUUCGGAGAGCUGAGCGAUGGCGUCGAAGCAAGCGAAAGCCGCAGCAGUGGCAUGUGCUGGUUUGGGGCUCGGCUUCGUGCUUCCGGGCGGCGCGCCCGGCGCGCCCGGCGCGCGCGCGGAGCCCGAGAGGAGCGCGGCGCAGGGAGCCCACACGUCGCCAGGCAGCGCCUUUACUGUGGGUGCAGCAGCAGCCACAGCCGCCGGGGCAGUGGCUGCUUCCACGCGCAGGAAGCUCCGUGCAUCCAAGGUCGCUGCCCGUGCGGAAGUUGCGCCGGGCGAGAAGGUUGUGGGCAUUGACCUUGGAACCACCAACUCUGCGGUGGCUGCCAUGGAGGCCGGCGCCCCUACAGUCAUCCCCAACGCAGAGGGUGCUCGAACCACACCCAGCGUGGUGGCCUACUCCAAGAGCGGCGAGCUGCUGGUGGGGCAGAUCGCAAAGCGCCAGGCUGUGGUGAAUCCGGAGAACACCUUCUACUCCGUGAAGCGCUUUGUUGGCCGCCAGCCCGGUGAAGUGGAUUCAGAACUGAAGGAGGUGUCUUACAAGGUGGAUUUUGAGGGCCAGAAGGUGAAGAUCGACUGCCCUGUGAUGAACAAGAAGUUUGCGCCCGAGGAGGUCUCGGCCCAGGUGCUGCGCAAGCUCAGCGCCGAUGCUGGCAAGUACCUUAGCGCCACUGUGAACAAGGCGGUGGUGACAGUCCCGGCCUACUUCAACGACUCCCAGCGCCAGGCCACAAAGGAUGCUGGAAAGAUUGCGGGAUUGGACGUGCUGCGAAUCGUGAACGAACCCACGGCAGCGUCGCUGGCAUAUGGCUUGGAGAAGCAGAACAAUGAGACGAUCUUGGUUUUUGAUCUUGGCGGCGGCACCUUUGACGUCUCUGUUCUGGAGGUUGGUGACGGCGUUUGUGAGGUUCUGGCCACAAACGGCGACACCCACUUGGGUGGCGAUGACUUUGACAAGGUCAUCGUCGACUGGCUUGCGGAGGCGUUUCAGAAGACCGAGGGCAUCGACCUGCUGAAGGACAGGCAAGCCUUGCAGCGUCUCACGGAGGCAGCAGAGAAGGCCAAGAUGGAGCUCUCAGGAGUCCAGGAGGCCAAGAUUUCGCUUCCCUUCAUCACGGCUGAUGCUUCUGGCCCCAAGCACAUCGAAGAGAGCCUGUCUCGUGCCAAGUUCGAGCAGCUUGCUGGCAAGCUCAUCGCGCGAUGCAGGACGCCUGUGGAGAGUGCCAUGAAGGAUGCCAAGCUGACCGCCAAGGACAUCGAUGAGAUUGUGCUGGUUGGCGGCUCCACCAGGAUCCCGUCCAUCCAGAGCUUGGCUUCGGAGCUGGUGGGUGGCAAGGCGCCCAACCAGAGCGUGAACCCGGACGAAGUUGUGGCCGUGGGAGCGGCCGUGCAGGCUGGUGUGUUGGCCGGAGACGUGAAGGACAUUGUGCUGCUGGAUGUGACGCCACUGUCGUUGGGUGUGGAGACCUUGGGCGGCGUGGCCACUGUGCUGAUCGCCAGGAACACCACCAUCCCGACCAAGAAGACCGAGGUGUUUUCGACUGCCACGGACUCCCAGCCCUCUGUGGAGAUUGUGGUGCUGCAAGGCGAGCGUCAGUUUGCCAAAGACAACAAGAUUCUGGGCACAUUCCGCCUGGACGGCGUGCCCCCUGCGCCGCGUGGCGUGCCACAGAUUGAGGUGACCUUUGACAUCGAUGCCAACGGCAUCCUGAAUGUUGGUGCAAAGGACCGGGGCACUGGAAAGGAGCAGACCAUCACCAUUGCAGGCUCCUCCACCUUGGACAAGACCGACGUGGACAAGAUGGUGCAGGAUGCUGAGGCCAACGCAGUCGAGGAUGAGAAGCGAAAGGAGGCCGUGGAGACCAAGAACAACGCCGAGAGCUUGGUGUACCAGACAGAGAAGCAGCUGCAGGAUUUGGGUGAGAAGGUGCCGGCAGACCUGAAGGCCAGCAUCGAUCCAAAGUUGCAGGCCUUGAAGGACAAGGUUGCGGAGGCAGAACCAGAGACGGAGCUGCUGAAGACCAUGACCAAGGAUCUGCAGGAGGAGCUCAUGAAGGUCGGCCAGGCGGCCUAUGCCAACGCGGGUGCAAGCUCUCCUCCACCGGGUGAUGCGCCUGAUGGAGAUGCUGGCUCCCCUCCUCCGGGUGAUGCCAAGGAUGCCAAGGAUGCCAAGGGCAAGGACGACGUCAUCGAUGUGGACGGCCAGUAAGUUCCCGGCCAACCGCAAAAAGCAGUUUGAGAUAUCGGAAUGUCUAGUUUUCAGGUCGUGAUGCAGUUGAGGCUCGCGCCCCUGUUUCUUCGACUUGCUUUCUGAUUUUUACCAUAUGUCUCAUGCCAUCCUGUCGGGUGUGCACCAAUCUUAAGGGUGCCCGAAUGGCCUUCGCCGGUACAGACACCCAUUGGGUGGUGCAGUCUAGAGUCUGGAUCUCACCCAACGCACCGUUUCAGACCCAGUCACAUUUUCACAAAAACGGCUUCGCGAAGUCCGCAUACGUGAAGCC